CUCCAUGCCGAUUGGGGCCUUUCAUGCUCUUCGGCGCUUAGCUGUUCGCCGACCGCCUUAAUAACGGCCCCUGCUUUGUCGCCUCUUUAGUCAGGCCCUGCGAGAAGGAGUAAAUAUGACCGAGAAAGAUUCCGGGGAGCGGGGGAGAGAACCCUACAUGGCUUUACCAGUCGCUGCUUUUCCACCCACCGUUGGACUUCAAAGAGGAAGGAGGGCCCGUCUGACGUCUUAGUCUGCUGCCAUCCGAGUUGGACGAUUCAGGUCCCCGCGAACUGCUGCACGUGGCUUCUGGAUGGCAACUUGUAAAGUGGUUGUACGAGCAACAGAGCGGCUAUGAAGAGGCCUAACAUUUUACUCACAGGGACACCUGGUGUUGGGAAAACUACACUAGGCAAAGAGAUAGCUCUGAAAACAGAUUUUACAUACAUUAAUGUGGGGGAUAUGGCUAAAGAAGGGGAACUUUAUGAAGGCUUUGAUGAAGAAUAUGAAUGCCCAAUAUUAGAUGAAGAUAGAGUUAUUGAUGAAAUGGAAGAUAAGAUGAAGGAUGGAGGUGUCAUAGUUGAUUAUCACAGCUGUGACUUCUUUCCUGAACGCUGGUUUAACAUAGUAUUUGUGCUUCGCACUGAAAACUCUUUUUUAUACAACAGAUUAGAAAACAGAGGUUACAAAGGAAAAAAGCUUCAAGACAAUAUUCAGUGUGAAAUCUUUCAGACAAUUUAUGAAGAAGCUAUGUCAUCCUAUAAAGAAGAAAUUGUACACCAGUUGCCUAGUAAUACUCCAGAAGAUAUGGAACGGAAUUUAGAUCAAAUUAUACAGUGGAUUGAACAGUGGAUAAAAGACAACAACUGAUUUUGAAAUAAUUAUAUUUAUAGGGAUAAAUAGAAGUUGUGUUUUCAUUCAUUGAAGAAACUAAUAGUUCAUUCAAGAUGAAAAUUACUGAAUUUUCUAUUUUAUGCUGUGUUCUUUAGACUCUGUGGAAGCAGGUAUCAGACAUUAAAGAGUUAAGAAUUUAAAAAUGAAAUUAUACUAAAUUGGGUAUCCAAUAUCCAAUAAUAAAAAUAUUUGAAAAGAUGAAAAAUAAUAGUUCGUUAGUUAAUAUGGCUGCCAAAAUCUUAUUCCUGUACAAAGUGUUAUUAACGCAGAUCUUUUGUAAUUCAUUUCUAAAUGUGGGACCAUGCAAUUUAAUAUAUUAACAUAAUUUUGGUCAUUAUUUUAUUAACAUGGUGUGUAUACCCAGGCAAAUUUGUAUCUAUGUUUUUGUUAUUUAUAAGAGUUGUUGCGACUAAGUAAACUACUUUUUGCUCAGC